UUCGCCUUCGCACAGUAGUACCGAGCGGAUCAGCUCCCUCCCGACACUUAAACUCGUCAAUCAGGAUUAAUGGACUGCUGUAUAAAAACUCACUGCGCCUUUGCGAACACACACACAAACGCUUCCAGCUCCUUUAUUUAUGUCUAUUUUUUUUCUCGGGCUAACUGGCUUGGAACGAUUAACCUCUGCGUGAUCCCGGACAACAGCAAAGAAGAAACAAAAAUAAAAUAUUAGAGAGAGAGAGAGAGAGAGAGAGAGAGAACACCAUGGGUUUUAAAGACGGGAGAAAUUGAUUGAACAGGAGGCGCUCACCCGGUGAAAUUGACACGCCCGGACAUUUUUUAAAAGGUGAGAAUGGAGUGGAGGAACGUGGCUUCGCUGUUGUUGUUCCCGGUACAGAUGGCUUUUCUUGUGCUGCGCGCUGCUUUGUCGCUGCUUCUCCCCGCCAGACCGAGGGAGCUGAGCCGGGACACGGUGCUCAUCACCGGCGGAGGCAGAGGCAUCGGCCGCCACCUGGCUCUGGAGUUCGCUAAGCAAGGGGCCAGGAAGAUCAUCGUGUGGGGUCGGACAGAGAAGUGUCUCAAGGAGGCUUGUGAGGAAAUUCGCAGCUUGGGAGUAGAGUGCCAUUACUUUGUGUGUGACGUGGGAAACAAGGAAGAGGUUUACCAACAAGCUAAAGCUGUACGGGAGAAGGUGGGUGACGUUACUAUCCUGGUGAAUAAUGCUGCGGUGGUUCACGGGAAGACUCUAAUAGACAGCAAUGAUGACGCUCUCCUGAAAUCCCAACAUAUCAACACGCUUGGCCAGUUCUGGACGACCAAAGCCUUUCUGCCACGAAUGCUGGAAUUGCAACACGGACACAUUGUGUGCAUGAACUCUGUGCUGGCACUAUCUGCCAUCCCCGGAGCCAUCGAUUACUGCACCUCUAAAUCCUCAUCCUUCGCCUUCAUGGAGAGUCUGACACUGGGGCUUCUUGACUGUCCGGGAGUCAAUGCCACAACAGUUCUCCCUUUCCACACCAGCACUGAGAUGUUUCACGGCAUGAAGACCAGGUUUCCAAAGCUCUUUCCACCCCUGAAACCUGAUACGGUCGCGCGCCGGACAGUGGAAGCAGUGCGGACUAACCAGGCUCUCCUCUUGUUACCCUGGACCAUGCACUUGCUUGUCAUCAUGAAAAGUAUACUCCCACACACAGCCUUGGAAGAGAUUUAUAGGUUUACUGGAAGCUAUGUGUGUAUGGACAGCUUCAAAGGGCGAACAUAAGAGGCCCAACACACGCUCCCGACUCCCUCUCCAAUCUCCCAAGCAAGCUGGAAAAUGAACUUUUCAGGAUGUCUGUGGCAGGUGACUGACAUUUUCCUGUCAAGUCUUGCAGAAUGUUAAGCAUUGGAUCCUCACCAGGACAACACAGCCCUGAGCUCCCUCUUGGGAAAGUGAACUGUGUAAUCCAACAAGACAUUAACGGAUGGACAAAAACUCACUGACUUAUUUCAUGUGAAAGCUAAGUGUCUUCAUUCUACAUAUAACUUGGGAGCAUCCAAAAUCCUUCACUGGCAAAUCUGUGUGGCUUCUACAUCUGCUAUUUGCGUUGAUGGUAUUCUAUGGGCAGCCUGUUUUUACUGGAUGUGAUUUUUCACAUUGUGGCAAUGACUUUGCGUGCAGUUCCACUUGACAUUAUUCUGUUUAAUAACAGGAAUUCCAGUGAAAAUUCAACCCCUUUUCCUUUUAAAAUCAUGCUGUAAAUUUUAAUAUUUAAACUCUUUAAUUUGCCACCUGGCCUAAAAAUUCUUCCUUGAGUUUAGUGAAUGAAUAAAAUGCAAAAGAAUGAA